AUUCCAGUGGAUAACCGUGCCGUCCCGCGUUUCGGCUGCUUGACUAGGUGGCGCUCUUCAGCGGGUCAUUUACCGUAGCUUGUCAAGGCGCUGGCGUUCCCGAAAGACCGGGCGGCAGUGGGGUGUAAACAAUAAAGAUCGGUCGCUAGGGCGUCUUGCGGCCACAGCUCCCAGCCAAACAUGUCUUCCGCCACUACCACCACAUCGACCUACAACACUACAACAAGGCAUACUUUGUCGCGACGACCCGGCCGCAGUGGUAUAGCAACGGCAUCAACCCCGAAUUUGAACCAGCUUUAUACGGCGCAAUCGUCGCGUCUGCAGCCUCCCGCGCUUGCGCGCAAGGGAUCGGUCGCUGUGCUCACGCAGAACUCGCUCGCCGCCAUCCCCGAUGACUCGGAGGGCUACGCAUACAAGUCGGUCCUGACCAGCGACGCCGAAACCAUGCCGAUGCCCAACACCCCGGGCCGCUUCGGCGGCGGAGACGAGGUCGCCAUCGGUGAUACGGUUGAGGUACCAGGAAACAUGACGGGCACCGUCCGUUUCAUUGGGCCAGUUGCCGGCCGCAAGGGCACCUUCGCCGGUGUCGAGCUGCAUCCCGAGUACGCGAACAGGGGGAAGAACAGCGGCGAUGUCGACGGUGUUUACUACUUCACGACGUCCCAGCCGGGCUCCGGCAUCUUCCUCCCCCUGGCUAAGGCCAUCAAGCGCGAUUCGUCCUCGAUUUCCGGGAGCUCGUUUCCAAUGACACCAGCAAGCGGCGGGUUAAAGGUGGCGAGCCAGAACUCGACCAACUUCACACCUCCUACUCCGGGCGUGCCCAAGUUCAGUCAGUCCGCCGGCCCCGGACGCGCCCCGAGCCCACUCGGGAAGAAGGUCCGCCCGUCGUUGCCGCGUCCAGAGUCGCCUGUUCGGAGGCUCAUGACGCCGGGCUUUCGCCCUACGAUCGCCACGCCGGCGCCGAAAACUGGCCCUCCCAGGUUCGGCAGCCCAACCUCUGCCAAUAAGUUCGCUCAGAGCGUCCGCAGCACGACCGGCGAUCCCAGCAAACGAGCACCGAGCCAUACCCGGCAGGGCAGCGUUGGACCGCGUAGUGUCUCGGCCCUCGGAACCACGUCGAACCCACACUAUGCCGACGACGACACCAUCGGUCCCGUCUCGUCCUUCUCAUUGAAGGUGCGGCCGGCGUCUAGAGCGAUGUCGCGAGCUGGCACUCACGCCAAUGACGAAGAAAUCGAGAGGCUUAGGGCGGAGCUGGAGGACCGGGACCGGCAACUCAAGGAGCAGGCUGCAACACUGGCCGAGAUGGAGAGCAGUCUGACAGAGCUUCAGGGGUUGAUUGAGAACUCGGAGGCGCCGCCAGCGCAGCGACGAAGCAGCAUUGAUGACAAAGACGCGGGACAGCUUCGGGCACUGCUGAGAGAGAAGAACGAUAAGAUUGCCAUGCUCACGGCCGAGUUUGACGCCCACCGAGCCGACUUCCGCAGCACUAUUGAUACGCUAGAGAUGGCGAGCGCGGAGACAGAGCGGGUGUACGAGAAGAGGAUCGAGGAACUGAUGCAGGAAAUUCAAGAGCUCCAAGAUAGGACCGCCGACGUUGACACGAUUGCAGCGCAGUUGAAGCAACUGGAGGAGCUCGUCCAGGAGCUCGAAGAAGGACUCGAAGACGCUAGGAGAGGAGAGGCUGAGGCGCGGGGUGAGGUCGAGUUCCUGCGCGGGGAGGUAGAGCGAACGCGUGCGGAGCUCCGCCGCGAACGGGAGAAGGCCCAGUCCGCGAUCAACGGCGCUAACGGCACUGCGAACGGCGGGGCCAUGUCUAAAGAGCUAGAACAAAAGGAGGACGAGAUCAGAGGGCUCAAAGCGAUCAUUCACUCGCUCAGCAGGGACUCGGUUCCAAACGACAACCGGGACCAGACUCCCACCCAGCGGCACUCCUCUUUCCGCUCGCACCCAGGCGAACCCAUCGAGGACCGGCUCACCCGCGAGAAGCUUGAGCGCGAAGUCGCUGAGCUCCGUGGCUUGGUUGAGAGUAAGAGCGCCAGCAUAGAGCAACUCGAGCGCGAGCUGGAGGCCGUUCGUCGUGAAAGCGCCAUGACGUCCGGGGGCCCAGCAGGACAACGCAGCAGCACCAUGACGGUGGGCAGCGCCGCCAACGACCGGAACUCGAUCCGCGACUCGAGGAGCACCGUUAUCGCACCGCCCAGCAACAACAAUUCGGAACUCCAACGGCACAAGGGUGUCCCCCCACCGAGCGAGAAUCACACGAUGACGCUGGAAGCCAUGCCCGAGAGUGAUACCUACAGCACUGCCACGGAAAACUCGACACUCUGGUGCGAGAUUUGCGAGACGUCUGGCCAUGACAUCCUGACGUGCACCAACGUCUUUGGCCCGGAGCAUCAAACGAAGGGCAGCAGCAACAGCAACAACAACAAUAGCAACCCCGAUGGGAAAAGGGAGGAUGGUGGCCAGGAGGAUGACGAGUUUCACGAAGCCGUUAGCGCGGCAGGUAUCAAGCCGGCCCCUCUAUCUCCUCUCAAGCCGUCGUCCAAGCCUGCUGCCACACCGCCCACUGCGACCGCUCCGACGUUCGCGUCAGCUGCAGCCCCGGCUCCGCUAGCUCCAGCGGGUACCCGAACGAUCCCUAACCCGAUGGAGUCGGGCCCCGUAGCGGGCAAGAACAGCGGCGUGGUGGAUGCCGGCAAGUGGUGUGCCCUGUGCGAGAGGGACGGACAUGAUAGCGUGGACUGCCCUUUCGAGGACGCGUUUUAGUAGAGUCGCGAAGGGGCGACUGUGACUUGCUGUCUGGGGCGCAGUGUAUGAAGCGCCUUUUGUUGUUCUUCGAGUGACUAGUUACCAUUCCUACUAACCCCUCCUGGGAUGCCUCAACGAAGAGCGGGCUUGUUGGGAAAGCGAGACAAAAAAAAAUCCAAGCUCGGGCGUCAAGGACAUUGUUCUUUAUUUUGUCGAAUAGGGCAUUUGUAAUUGAAUUGAUUAUCGUCAGGGAGCCUGCUGUGCCGUCUUUUUUCGUCCAAGGGGAAACUUAAGGUUUGCAGCCAGCUGUGCUGUAUCUUCAAAAGAAAUUCCGCAUCUGGUCAGGUGGUUGCUGGAAUAUCAACAUCAGCGGAUGACUUGACCAAUUUUAGCAAAGAGGCUGUGGACCUCCAUCCAAGGAUAACUAAUCCGUACUCCGUAACGUUACCUUGUGCAUCGGUCACAGCUCAGCU